CCCAGAAUAAAGCCAUCGCCGGAAUCCUAAUCUCACCGCUCCGAAGGUACCUAACACACCCCUCCCACUAAUACGUCGUCGUUUUCCUGUCUCGAUUUCGCAGAGCUAGGGUUUCGAAACUUUCGGGUUCUCAGUAUUUCCAAUUAGGAUUCUGUGAAAUUUACGGGAGAAUGAGCCUUGAGGCGGAGCACUGAUGUCACUUUUCUUUUCGUCUACGAUUGAUCAGGCUCAUCGUCAGCUCCGAGAAAUUCAAGCACAACUUCAAGCAGCAAUGGCUGGAUCGAAGAAAGUGAUAACUAGGGAGGAGUGGGAGAAGAAGCUUAGUGAUGUGAAAAUCAAGAAAGAGGACAUGAAUAAGUUGGUGAUGAAUUUUCUUGUGACUGAGGGCUAUGUGGAUGCGGCGGAGAAGUUCCGAAAGGAGUCUGGAACUGAACAUAUUGAUCUUGCAACAAUCACGGAACGCAUGGCGGUCAAGAAGGCAGUACAAUGUGGUAAUGUGGAGGAUGCAAUCGAUAAAGUGAACGACUUAAACCCGGAGAUUCUGGACACAAAUCCCCAAUUAUUUUUCCAUCUCCAACAGCAAAGGUUGAUAGAACUAAUUAGGAAUGGAAAGGUUGAAGAGGCUCUUGACUUUGCUCAGGAAGAGCUAGCACCAAGAGGAGAAGAAAAUCAAAGCUUUUUGGAAGAGUUGGAGAGGACUGUUGCCCUUCUAGCUUUUGAAGAUGUGUCCAACUGUCCUGUUGGAGAGCUUCUGGACAUAUCACAGCGCCUAAAGACAGCUAGUGAAGUGAAUGCUGCCAUCCUCUCCAGCCAGAGUCAUGAAAAAGACCCGAAGCUUCCAAGCUUGUUGAAGAUGCUCAUAUGGGCCCAGAACCAGCUUGAUGAGAAAGCUCACUAUCCUCGGAUAAAUGAUCUAUCCACUGCCAAGCUAGAAGACCCUAGCUAGUGUCUGUCUAAUGUUCCAGGUCCUCCUGGAAUGAUUAAUGAUGUAUGUAUGCUUAUUGCCAAAUGACUGCAUUCAUGUUGAAUGUUGCCUCUGUUCGGAUCUUCAUUCCCAAUUACCUUUGUACAAAUGCUUGUCUAUAACAUCUCUUUACUCAUAUUGUUUGAGAUUGUGGCAUAAUAUUACGUUUGAAGUUUUAGU